AAUUCUACCAAGAUGACGUCUGAGACAAACUUCCUUCAAUCCGUCCUCAUCACCGGAUGUAGCGCAGGUGGAAUUGGCUCGGCAUUGGCCGAAACAUUCCACGAACGCGGAAUGCAUGUUUUCGCGACAGCACGCUCGAUAUCCAAGAUGGCACACCUGGAGAAACUGCCCAACGUCAGUCUCCUGGAGCUCGACGUGACCGACUCGAAAAGCAUCGAAUCCGCCGUCGAGGCCGUCACCGCCAAGACAGGCGGUAAGCUGAACUAUCUGAUCAACAACUCGGGUCAGAGCCUGGUCUUGCCCGCUUUGGAUACGAGCCUUGAAGAUGCAAAAAAGCUGUUCGAUGUCAAUGUGUGGGGUGUAGUUGCUGUCACGCAAGCCUUUUCGCCCCUGAUCCUCGCAACCAAAGGAACCAUCGUCAAUAUUGCAUCCCUCUCUGCCUUCUUCCACUCCCCCUGGCUAAGCUUUUAUAACGCCUCAAAGGCAGCUGUGGAUGCUUACACCCAUACCAUCCGUCAGGAACUGGCCCCAUUUGGUGUUAGGGUUGUCACUGUAGCUGCGGGAACGGUACAGACCCACAUCUUCAGGCCUGUAGAGGAGGGUCUCCUACCUCCCGACUCCAUCUACAAAGCAGCCUCAGAAGAGAUUGAAGGUUUGGCAAGUGGAAAAUUAGUUCAUGGAGCUAUGCCCCCUGCCGAGUUUGCUAGGAAGGUCGCGAAUGAUGUUCUUGGUGGAGCCACUGGUACGAUUUUCAGAGGAACGAUGUCGACCGUGGCACGGGUAUUGUAUACUGUUGUUCCAACUUGGCUACUGGACCGCUUGACGUUCCCUGGUUCUGGUCUGAACAAGCUGAGCUGA